UCCCUUUUCUUCUUCUCCCCUCUUUCCCCACCUUCCUCAAAUGCCUCGCCGCUCUUCCUCGUCGGGAAACUUCGGCAGGAAGCUCCAGCCGGCCAAGCGCGCCCUCCGGCGUCUGGCCCACACGCUCCAAACGAAGCUCAACGACCUCGACUUCCCGCGAGCCAUCCGGGUCAUCCGGAAAGGCACGAAUCGGAUCCUCACCUACUGCUCCACCCAUCUCUUCCGCAACAACCGCUCCCUCCAGGUCGUUCCCAAUACGCCGUCGUAUCGCCAUCACAACCACCACAACUACAUCUCCGACUACUACACCAACAGAAGCAGCAGCAACCGCAACCUCCUCCGCAAGAGCUUCUCCGCCAUCUUCAUCGACCAGCUCUACCCCGAUGACGAUAACGACGCCGCCGCUGCUGAGGUUAAAAUCCCGACGACGACGAAUAGGGUGGAGGCGACGUCGUUGAGGGGUAAGGAAGUGGUGGUUCGUAAUGUUAACAAAAGGCCGCCGCUGCCGAGGAAUAGUUGUAGGGAAGGGGCGGCGGUGAGAACGGCGUCGUCUUUGAUCCAGAGGAGGAGGAAGGAUGCGUUGGUGAUUAUGGAUGAUGAGGAGGAGAAUAAUCCGAUGGAGACGCUGGAAGAUGCGUGGAGGGUAGUGGUGGCGAGGUCGCCGCAGCUCCGGCCGGUGGAUGUGAGGGCGGAGGAGUUUAUAUAUAAUUUCAGGGCGGGCAUGAAGACCCAGAAGACCAAGUCAAUUCUCGAGAAACAGAACCUGUUGCCAGCCAGGAUGCACAAGAUGGAGGGUUGGAGAAGGAAACGACAUUAGAAUAUUUGCUCGGACAAGUGGAAUCUAGAGAUUCAUAAUUACAAAGUAGCAUCACAAGUGGAUGGUUUGGGGAUGAAUUCUGAAGGAAAAUAGCUUGGACUGGGUUUCGAACCCACGUCUCGGAGAUUAGCUUAAUUUGAUCUCUACUGCUUGAAGAAGCACACUCCGACGUUGUUUUCUCAGCACGCCAUCGUCGCCACUUCACUUUAGGAGCCCGCUUGUUCUUAGCCACCUGUAUCUAUCCUAUUGGAUGCUUUCAAUUGUUAGUUAGCAUUAGUUUGUUAAACAUUGUUUAGUGAUCGUUGUAAAUGGUAGGGUUUCUCUAGUCUAGCCUAUAUAUACUGCUUGUAAAUCUUACAUUCAAUCUAAUGAAACAAAAGGUUUCACAC